AAAGGCCUUUGAAGGGCUAUAGACGCCUUUUAAUCAGCAGAAGCUAAUCACCCAUAUGGUUGACAAAGGUCUGGUUGACUCAUGCUCUUUUGUUAUCACCAUGAGAGCUGUUGUUAGUGCCUGUUUGUGUGUAUGUGUGAGGAGGGAGGGGAGAUCAUUCAAUGUGUUUUUUUCCUCCAAGUUAUUUAUUUUUCUGACUUCCUAGGCUCCUGUUUAGAAACUAUGUUUUAAAACUAAGGGUCAAUUAAGUGCAAUUGAGUGUUACAAUACAGAUGGUCCUGAUUAUAGACGCAGGUUUUUUUUUGCUCUAACACAGAGCCACAGACGUGUUCUAUAUGUAAUUAACAUUGUGGGUGUCUAAAACACAACACUAAUCAAAUGACACUUGUCUGGCUUUGUGGGUUCUCUUCAAUGCAUCACAUUGAAAUUCCUCCUCCACAAUUUGAACAAAUGACAGUGUCUACACCUACUCAAGAGAAAGAGAGAUUUCUGCUCUACUUUUAUUAUGCAGAUAAUUUAAAGCCAAUUAAAUGACAAUUUAUAUUUACACCAAUAUACACGAUCCAUUAUAAUGUUUUCUCCAGUUUCCUAUUCUACCUUUCCUCUUGCACUUAAGUAUAGUUUUACUCACUUGUACAUACUUCUAUUUUAUGCAGGAUUACCACUACAUUUCAAAGGAAAAUAUUGUACUUCUAAUUGCCCUAAAGUUAUCCGACAGCUGGAAAACAUAUGAUAAUAUUAGAAAAUAUGAUGCAUUGUUAAAAGGCCAAGCAAAUACUGAUUCUUCUACCUAAAUCUCAGUACCCCUCUCACCUCUACCUCUAUAAAUUCUGUUAUGAACAGAGCAAAAGUAAAGCAAAACUAUGGUACAUUUAGAGUAGCUACAGAACUCAUAAUUGCAACAAUUACCACCAAUUACAGUUUACAGGUUUUUCUUCAUGCAUUUUUAACUCUUUUCAUCCAAUCUUUCUGCGUAAUUUCCUCUAACUGGGUGACUGACUCGCCCAAUCAGUCCUUCAAGCUUUCAACAGACAGAUUUCAGCUUCCUCUGAUGACAUGUAGUCCUAUUAAAUACAGCCGUCUGAUUAGUUAAUUAAUUGACAUGUGCAGAUUUAUUCAAGUAACACUGUUAUCAGCCCGAUUAAAGCUCCACAAUCAGUUUAUCUAAUCAACCAUUUGCACACAAAAACAAAGAACAGCCAGUUUGCCACAGAGCCAGACGUUUUCCUUUUGGUGGACCACUAGAAGGCCAUUGGUCGAUGGGGCAGGCUAUUUGCAUAUACCGGGGCUUAAAGUCCCCUAGCAAAGUCAGAGUUGAACAUAGUCCUGAUUCGACCUGACAUAGCACAAGUGUUUGCAACAUUUAUGACUUUUCUGGGCAGUGUUUUGUAGCCCCUCAACAUGGGAUUUUGCAAGAUUGCAGGAGUUGGACCGUGCAUGGUGCUUGCUUUAUUUUUAUGCACUGCUCAGUGUACAACCACAAAGUAUUUAACCUAUGAAGAGGAUGCACCCGGAACGGAGAUAGGCAAUUUGUCCCAAGAUUUGAAGAUUGAUCCAGCCGAUGACCCCGACACGUCGUUCCGCUUCAUGCAAGAAAACAAUUCCUCUGUGAUUCAAAUGAGGGAGGUUGACGGACUUUUGAGUGUUGCGGAGAUUAUUGAUCGGGAGCAGCUCUGCCCCAGGUCUCCACGUUGCUUCAUCGCCUUCGACAUCGUGGCCUUAUCCAGAGAAAAGUUUCAGCUCAUCCACGUUGAGAUCGAGGUUAAAGACAUCAACGACCACUCUCCUCACUUUCCGCACAACGAGACAAAUCUGGAGAUAGUCGAAAAUGUUCCACUGGACUCGAGGUUUCCGCUUCAGAUCGCUCUCGACCAGGAUGUGGGUGAAAACUACAUUCAGAGCUACAAUACUUCUCCCUCCAGUCAUUUUGCCAUUGAAGUGCGCGAUAGAGAGGAUGGAGUGAAGUUUGCUGAACUGGUGCUGGUGAGGGAGCUCGACAGGGAGGUGGAGGACUCCUACACAAUAGAAGUCACUGCGUCUGACGGAGGAGUGCCUGCAAAGUCCGGAUCAAUGACUGUAAACAUCAAAGUACUGGACUUCAAUGACAACAGCCCGACAUUUGAACACAGUUCUCUGAAAGUUGAGCUGAAUGAAGACUCUCCGGUAGGUCACCGAGUGCUCAGAGUGCACGCGUUUGACCCCGACGACGGCAUUAACGGCGAGGUGAUGUAUGCGUUCGCUGACGGCGUAUCACCAGAAGCUGCGCGCCUUUUCCACGUCGACCCUUACUCCGGUGACGUGACCUUGAAGGCGCUGGUUGAUUUUGAGAAGAGGAGGUCGUACGAGCUGAACAUCAAAGCCUCUGAUCUGGGCGCGAACUCUCUCCAGUCCAGUUGCAAAGUUGUGAUAGACAUCGUGGACGUGAAUGACAAUGCGCCUGAAAUCAGCAUCAAACCGAUGACCUCCAGCAGUGAUGGAGUCGCCUACAUCACAGAGGCUGCAGCUGCGGAGAGUUUCGUGGCUCUGAUCAGCACUUCGGACAGAGACUCUGGCUCCAACGGGUACGUGCGCAUCAGCCUGCUCGGGUACGAGCAUUUCAGCCUCCAGCAGGCGUAUGGGGACACUUUCAUGAUUGUGACUACCACUACUUUAGACAGAGAGAAGAUCCCAGAGUAUAACUUGACUGUGGUUGCAGAAGACCUUGGAAGCCCACCUUUUAAAACAGUCAGACAGUACACUAUCCGUGUAACAGAUGAGAAUGACAACCCCCCUCUCUUCAGUAAGUCACUUUAUGAAGUUUCAGUCCUGGAAAAUAAUAUUCCAGGUUCGUAUGUCACCACUGUUGUUGCCCGAGAUCCUGAUGUGGGAAAGAAUGCCAAAGUCUCCUACAAACUCAUAGAUUCAGAGGUGUCAGGAGGAUCCCCAGUGUCCACUUAUGUUUCUGUAGAUUCACACUCAGGAUCUUUGUAUACUUUAAGGUCUUUUGAUUAUGAGACUCUUCAGCAGAUUGAGCUGACCAUCCAAGCAGAAGACAGAGGUUCUCCCUCUCUUUCAAGCACAUCAACAAUCAGGAUUAGGGUUGUGGAUCAGAAUGACAACUAUCCAUACUUCACCUUUCCUGUCCUCCUGAAUGACACUGCUGAUAUUCCUCUGCCUUUUAAUGCACCUGCUGGCUAUUUGGCCCUUCGCGUAUCAGCUGAAGACGAGGACGAGGGAAUGAAUGGCGAGCUGUCCUACCAAAUUGUACAAGGUGACCCAAAGCUUUUUACAAUGAACAAAGACACCGGAGAGAUUGCUUUAAAACAAUGGCUGACAGCUGAAAUUGGAGACAUGCUGGAAAUUAAAAUCGCAGUGAGUGACAAUGGCAGGUCCCCGCUCUCUAGCAGUGCCACUAUUAGGUUUGUUGUCUCAGACACAGAACCCUCCGAAGACCAAGUCGUUAUUGUGUUGCGGUCAAGUGAUGAAGAAGGCUCCAGCUUGGAUGGCUCACUAAUUAUCAUUAUUAUGCUCAGCGGGGGUUGUGCAUUGUUGCUGAUUGCAAUAGUGGUUGUUGUUGUCACAUGCAAACUCAGCCGUGGGGGGAGAAGACGUGGCACCAAGAGAGAAGUGUGUCACAGCCUGUUCGACAGCAGGCCCCUGCCCAUGCUGGGCUCUGCAGAACCAAAUAUAUACACAGGUCAGCGAGGGUUCUUCCAUGAAAGGACCUCUUCAUCUCUGGAUGAUUCCUGCCUGUAUGAGGAGAGGAGUGGGGACUCAGAAACAAAGAUGUUUCUGCCCUCCAAGCAUUUCCAACCAGCAUCAGUGUGGCAAGGUGACAAAUACUGCUUGCAAGUGAGUGGCAUUGGCAACACCGACCAGCUGAGCGUGAAGGACAGUGGCAAAGGGGACAGCGACUUUAAUGACAGUGACUCUGAUAUCAGUGGCGAUGUAGGCAAGAAGAACUUCAGUACUUUCCUACCCCGGCUAAAAAGUUCUUCCAGCACUGCUAACAGCUUAUCUGGGGAUUGCCAAGGCACCUACUGUGCAAUACCGUCACAGAGCCUCAGGCCCCCCCGAGACAACGCAUACACAAUAGGCUUCUCCCCAGUGCCAGUCUUCAACAAUCCCCAUGUCUAUCCCCAUUCUUGGAAGGACUCCGGUUAUGGCACAAAUCGACCAAAAUCAAGGAGUAGCAUGCAGACCUUCUCUAGGACUGGGACCCUCCCUUCCUACUUUCCUCAACAACAGCAUGACACUGGUGUUGGAGGCGCUGAAAUCCACAAGCACAGUCCAAAUAUUGUAACUGUGGCUACAGCAUUAGAAGUUGCCACUAUCUUUUAAAAAAAGUGUUAAUAAGCUGAUUAAGAUGUUCCCAGAAGAUGUAAAUAUUUGUAAAACUAGUUCUUGACAGGUGUACACAUAUAUACUGUAUAUCUAUUUUAUUAUUAUUAUUAUUUUUGUUGAACAGAGUAUUUUUAUUCAUGUUACACUUUUUGUGUUCCAGUGUAUGCUAUGAUGCACACUGGUGUCUCUUUUCCAA